GAGGUGCCUGUCUCAGACCCAAGCCAUGAGGAUUUUGCGAUUCAUCACGCUUGCUCUGGUGACAGGGCAUGUAGGGGGAGAGACCAGGAUCAUCAAGGGGUACGAAUGCACCCCUCAUUCCCAGCCCUGGCAGGUGGCCCUGUUCCAGAAGACCCGGCUGCUCUGCGGGGCAACGCUCAUCGCUCCCAGCUGGCUCCUGACCGCAGCCCACUGCCGCAAGCCGUGGGUUCCUCUGUGUCUCCCCACCCACCCACCCCCAACCUUCCCCAUCUCUGACUGUCCUCUCUCCCACCUCAGCAGCUACAUAGCUCACCUGGGGGAGCACAACCUCCAGAGACAGGAUGGCUGUGAGCAGACCCGAAACGCCUUUGAGUCUUACCCCCACCCCGGGUACAACAACAGCCUCCCUAACAAAGACCACCGCAAUGACAUCAUGCUGGUGAAGAUGGCGAGCCCCGCUAUCAUCACACGGGCUGUGCGACCCCUCAUCCUGUCAUCCCACUGUGUCACCGCAGGCACCCGCUGCCUCAUUUCUGGCUGGGGCACCACCUCGAGCCCCCAGUUGCACCUGCCCCACGCCUUGAGAUGUGCCUCCAUCACCAUCAUUGAGCACCAGGAGUGUGAGGACGCCUAUCCGGGCAACAUCACAGACAGCAUGGUGUGCGCCAGCGUUCGAGAAUCGGGCAAGGACUCCUGCCAGGGUGACUCUGGGGGACCUCUGGUGUGUAACGGGUCUCUGCAAGGCAUCAUCUCCUGGGGCCAGGACCCCUGUGCCGUCACCAAGAAGCCGGGGGUCUACACCAAGGUCUGCAAAUACGUGGACUGGAUUCAAAAGACCAUGAAGAGCAAUUAGCCAGAGCCACUUGGCCACGCAGCCCAGCCACUUUGGUUUGUGAUCGGGUGGUGUGCUUGUCAUCCCGUUCAAUACUUCACGAAGCCACCCCUCCACCCACCCCCACCCACUCCUAUGGACUUCCUCACGGCUGGUCUCCUCGAACGCAGGUGCGCAGGAGCUUGGGAUGAGCUCACACUUUGGAAUCCGCGCGGCCUGGCUGUUCCACUCUCGGUGUGUGCCUGCUGGGUGACGGUGACAAGGGCAGCCAUGUAGUUUUGUUCACUGUCAAGUUGCCACUUCUCGGCAUUCGCCAAAGGGUUCAAUAAAAAAAUUGGCUG